AAUUGUGUCAUCACAUCACAAUUGUGUGACAAGGUUGUCAACAUUUGAGUAAUCAGAAAAUUAGAAUAUCCUCGACAGUAAAAUGGAUUCCCAAUCACAAUUGAGUAAAGAAGAUAUUGAGGCAGUUUUCCACAGACUUAGAUCUGUUCCUACCAAUAAGGUUUGUUUCGACUGCAAUGCCAAAAAUCCAACAUGGUCAAGUGUAACAUAUGGUGUAUUCAUCUGUAUAGAUUGUUCAGCUGUACAUAGAAGCUUAGGUGUCCAUUUAACUUUUGUUCGCUCAACACAGCUGGAUACUAACUGGACAUGGCAACAAAUAAGACAAAUGCAAUUAGGGGGCAACGCAAAUGCUAUGCAAUUCUUCUCCCAACAUAACUGCAAUACCACUGAUGCUCAAAAGAAGUAUAAUUCUCGAGCUGCUCAACUCUAUAGGGACAAACUGAGUCAGCUAGCACUCAAAUCUUUAUUGAAUAAUAAUCAGCUGCACAUUCAUCCCCAUCAUGAAGAGAAGAAUGAAGAAGAAAAAGAAGUGGAUUUCUUUACAGAACAUGAAAAGUUUUCAUCUCCUGAAUUACCAGAACAGAAUUUCGUUCAAGUGCAGAUAGAGGAAAAGAAAAAUAACAUUUCCAACAACAACCCUCCUGAAGAAGGACCAAAAAUCGAUUUCACUUUGAGCAAUCAAAACUUCGAACCUAGAAAAUCCACUAUCGCUGCGAGAAAACCGACGACCAGAAAAGGAGGACUCGGAGCGAAGAAGGGAGGCCUGGGAGCAACCAAAGUCAAAACGAACUUUGCCGAAAUCGAGAGGGAGGCGGAGCUCGCCGAGGAAAGCAGGUUGCGGAUGAUGGAGGAAAAUGCCAAGGCUGCGGCCCUGUCUCUCAAGGAACAAGAAGAACGCGAGGCGGCCGUUCGACUCGCCUACAAGGAUCUCAGUAUGCAGCAGCAGAAGAAGGAGGAAGAAAUGAAGAAGACCGAUCCGAAGAAGGCCAACCAGGUGGAGAGGCUCGGCAUGGGAGUUGGAAAUAGAAGUGGAAUCAGCCAUUCUGCGCUCAGCGAUAUGCAAACGAUCGAGCAGGAAAACGUUCAAUCGAACUCCAGCAGCACUCUGAGCUCUCUCAGCAAGUUGAGGCUGACCGACGAUAUCUUUGACGAUUUUUCCUUUGGACCUGGUUUCGGGAUGAGCAGAAACGUGAGCGGUUUCAAUAGCAGCAAGUUGGAGGCCUUCCUCUUGGAAUCGAACAGCAGUAGCAGUUCGAAGAGCGAUUGGGUCGUGGUUGAUGACCCGCCGGAGAAACCCAAGAGUAGAAGCCAAGUUGAGAAAACUCCCAAGAAAUUUGACGCAGCGACAGGUGACGCAGCGCAAAAAAAAUUUGGCAACGCUAAGGCCAUAUCUUCCGACCAGUUUUUCACCGACCAAAGUACGGAUUACGAGACUAAGGCGAAUCUCAACCGUUUCCAGGGCUCUUCCAGCAUAUCCUCGUCGGAAUUUUUCGGAAAUGACAGAGACAAUCAAAGAAAUAAUGUACAAUAUUAUGAUGUAGAAGAAGUAAAAGAAAGUGUAAGACAAGGUGUGUCUAAAGUAGCUGGAAAAUUAAGUUCAUUAGCAAAUGGAGUAAUGUCUUCAUUACAGGACAAGUAUGGUUAUUAGCAUUUAAUUGGAAUAUUUUGGUUGAGUUCAUCCUGGCACAUAAACCAACAUAAAUUUGUUAAAAAUUGAGAAAUAUUUAGUAAAUUUAUAGCAGAAUGUGCCUUGAAAUUGUAGUUCUUUAAUGUAUCAGGGAUUCGUACAUUGAAAAUGUAAUUUUCCUUAAGUGACAAGUUAGCAAUGAAUAAAAGUUCAAAGGAACAAUUGAAGAAAUAGUACCAGUGAUCCUAUUUUCAUUUACAUUUCAACUUCAUUCUGCAGAUUAUAAUUAUUUGAAUUGAUGAAAUUAUUGCUAAAAAAAAUAGCAUAGUUGUAAAUCCUGAAUUUUAUCUGUUAUUUCAUAUAUAUUUAUAAAGUUAUGUAAACUGAGUUUUUGUAUAAUGAGUAUGUAUAUAACAUAUGUUUUAAGUAGAUCAAUUUUAUUUGUUUGUCAUAUGGGAAUUAUUUUACAAAUAAAUCAUCUGUAUAUACA